AUGGAAAAUAUUCAACACCUCACUCUAGUUGUUCUACCUGGAAUCCUCAGUAUAGUUAAAAUGUAUUUCUCCUUUUGCAUUGCUUUGGCUCUUGUAGCCACAUGUUACGCCGGACCAGCCACUAACUCCCUGAGUAAUGUGUGCAAAAGCAAGAAUGGUUACUACAGCGUGGAGGGAAGCUGCGAUUCUUACAUACGGUGUAAUGACUAUGUCCCAGUUCACCAAACGUGCCCCGAUGGCUUGCACUACAACCCCGACGCCAAAUACCCCAACUACCCAUGUGGAUACCCUUCAGAUGUACUAUGCUUAGGACGGGGUUCAGUUCAACCAGCACAACCCACUGAAGAAUGCCCUCACCAAUAUGGCUACUUCUCAUCACCCUAUGCGGCUCCUGACAAUUGCGGUCACUACCGCGUAUGCAUCGAGGGUCGCGCUAUUGACAUGCACUGCCCAACCGGCCUCGCUUUCAACGCUGAUAGCGGUCGUUGCGACUGGCCCCAUCUAGUGCCUUCUUGUAAAUCCGGCGACUACCUUGGAUUCUCCUGUCCGGCCGGUGUUAAUGACGAUGAUGGCAAAAUCAGGAAUUACAAAUAUCCCGGCAACUGCUACUACUUCUUCUCUUGCCUGCACGGCCACGUCCGCCUGUUGUCAUGUAACGAGGGUGCAGCAUUCGACCCUGUUUCAGGCCUCUGCGUUGACGAAGUUUUGGUUAACUGUGCUCAGUAUUGA